UCAUAUCUUCUCCAAACGAGUGCCUACUUAUCUGCAAAUGGCCAACGUGAUCAAAGUCGGGCCGUGGGGUGGUAAAGGAGGGAGUACAUCGGAUACUAGUGUGGCCAAUGCGACCAAGGUCGGGCCGUGGGGUGGUAAAGGAGGGAGUACGUCGGAUACUUUAGUGGCCAAUGCGACCAAGGUCGAGCCGUGGGGUGGUAAAGGAGGGAGUACGUGGGAUACUUUAGUGGUAACUCAAGACAUCACCCACAUCAAGAUUUACUAUGGAGAUGUCAUAGACGGGUUGGACAUAACAUACGUCACGAAUGGCAAACGCCAAACCUUGAAAGUUGGAGACACAAUUGGGGCUGUAUGGAACGAGAUCAUUCUCAAGAAGGACGAGUACUUCAACUCCAUCUCAGGAUUUUACGGUCCAACGAUUCCGGAAGAUGUUAUUGCCAUAAAACAGCUUACUCUCGGCACCAAUAAGGGCACAAGUGUAACUGUUGGUACAACGCAAGGGGGAGACUUUCCCUUCCCCUUUUCACCACUUCUUCUUUACAAGAUCGUGGGAUUUCUUGGACAUUCAAGCACAGUUAUAGACGCAAUUGGAAUUUACUACGAGGAAAUAAUGGGUAAAAACUAGUCCAUGAAUGCCGAAGGGAUAUUGCUGCUACAUGAAUGCUCUAGUAAAUAAGUAGUGGCAGCUGAUGUUCGUCUCCUUGUGAUCAUCGUCGUCGUCGUUGUACUCGUCGCUUAAUGUAUCUUUGAAUAAAUUAUGAUGUGUUUGUGGGUCCUCUUUGAUA